AUGCCGCGUCCUUUACAUGCAUUGGCUCCUUGUCUUGACGCGUGUCCGACUCCUACCACUCGUCUCGUACUCUUGCCAUGUGUCCCUAGACGUGUCGCGUGUACCGAUCUGACAUGUAGCAUACUCGCAUCGUCACCAUUCCAUGACUCGCCACAUGUCAAUUGCACUUUCGAGGAACAAGCUUCCACUUUUCUUCCAAACGCGGCUGUGGAAUUCCUGCUGGGUAAUCUGAAACAACUAUUAGUCUACAACGCCAAUUUGAUCUCAAGCGUCAAAGACCAAGUUGACUCUCUGUGCAACGACCUCCGUCUACUUGCAGCUUUCGUCAAGGAAACAACCGAGAGCCGGAGCAAGAACGCCGUCGUCAACGAACUCGUCAGACGCAUCAGAAUCGAAGUCUAUAAAGCUGAAGACAUUGUGGAUAUGUACGUCUUCUACAAAUCGAUCCAGCAAUCUCGAAGCGGAUUCAAAAAAGCCUUUCACUUCGCAGAAUACCCCGUGAAACUAAGAGCUGUUGGAAAAGAGAUUGAAGAUAUACGGCGGCGCGUGAAGGAGAUCUACGAUAAUAAAUUGUUCGCAAAUGAGGUUUUCAGGAAAACAGAGUCGUUUACCAGGUCUCCUCCAUCUGUGGAGGAGGAAAACGUUGUGGGUUUCGAAAAAGAAGCGGAAAAAGUCAUCGGGUGGCUCAAGGCGGAGACAGAGGAGCUGGAGGUUAUCUCCGUCGUGGGUAUGGGCGGUUUAGUGUAUAGUUUGAGGGAAGUGUUUUCAAAAAUCUUGUAUGAUGUUACUCGAGAAAACAAAGAUACAUCAAAAUGGAGCGUUCAGACCAUAGCUGAAGAAUUGCAUCGGCAAUUGAAAGAUGGGAGGUACUUAAUCGUGUUAGAUGACGUCUGGACCAAACCGGCAUGGAAUGUUUUAAAAAUGGUGUUUCCCAACACCAAGAACGGGAGUAGAAUCUUAUUGACCAGUCGAAACAAGGAUGUAGCCCUACACGCGAACACAAAUCUCCCUCCUUAUCAGCUUCGGUUCUUGACUGAUGAUGAAAGUUGGGAGCUUUUGGAGAAGAAGGUCUUCCCUAAAGGAUCCCGUUGCUCCAGUGAACUGGAGAUUCUAGGGAAAGAAAUUGCAAGAAAAUGCUACGGAUUACCUCUUGCACUUGUGGUGAUUGCAGGAAUCCUUCGAAAGAAAGAUAAAACACGUGGGUGGUGGGAGAAAGUAAAGGAGAAGGUGAGUACUUAUGUAGCCAUGGAAUCAGAGCAAUGUAUGGAUGUAUUAGCAUUAAGUUAUAACCAUUUACCUUACGAUUUAAAAGCUUGUUUCCUCUACUUUGGUGUAUUCCCUGAGGAUUUCGAGAUACCCGUUUGGAAACUAAUCCAUAUUUGGGUUGCUGAGGGGUUUAUUCAGCGAAUUGGUGAUGCAAGCCCAGAAGAAAUGGCAGAAGAGAACUUACAGGAUCUUGUGGACAGGAACCUGGUUUUGGUUGAAAAGAGAAAAGCUGAUGGUGGAAUGAAAACAUGUCGGAUCCAUGACAUGUUGCAUGACAUGUGUAUCAAACAAGCCGAAGAAGAAAACUUCUUCAAGGACAUCAAGGGUUUAGAACCAUCUUCUUUCGUAUCUAUUGAUCCAAACGUCUUCCGUCGUCUUUGUGUCCAUUCUCGAGUUAUUGAUUACAUUUCUUCAAAACCCGAUGCUUCACAUGUUCGCUCUUUCUUAUGCUACUCAAAAGAAGAAAAGGCUUUACCCAACGAUCUCAUAACAUACUUUCCAGGGAGCUUUAAAUUGCUUAGAGUGUUAGACGUCCGAUCUAUCAAUUUCCCUCGUUUCCCUAACAUUCAACUCGUUCAUUUGAGAUACAUUGCAUUAGUAGGAAAUUUCAAGGUUCUUCCUUCAGCCAUCUCUAACCUCUGGAACCUACAAACGCUUGUUGUAGAGACAUCUUCUCGUAGCAUUACAGUUCAAGCGGAUCUUUGGAAAUUAUUGCAGUUGCGACAUGUUUACACAAGUGCAGCUAGUGAUUUGCCCACUCCAUCUUCAAAAUCAUCACGAAAGACUGUUACAGAUCCUUUGGUUAACGAAAACCUAAUAACCAUGUCAAAAGUGUCGCCAAGUAGUUGUUCGGAUGUGAUCUUAACUCGGACGCCUAAUCUUCAAAAACUAGGCGUACGUGGGAAAUUGCUCUUGCUUUUGGAAGAGAAAAAGGGUAGUUGUAAGUUUGAUAACAUUACGAGGCUAACUCACCUUGAGAAUUUGAAAUUGUCGAACGAUACAUACCCAACUCCACCAUUAGAUGGAAAACUACGUAGUCUUCCCGAAUGGUAUAAAUUCCCAAAAAAACUUAAGAAACUGACACUUUCUGACACGAUGCUCGAUUGGGAACACAUGUCAGUUCUUGGGAAGUUGCCAGGUUUGGAGGUUCUGAAGUUAGGAGACAAUUCAUUCAUGGGUGAACGUUGGGUGACACCUGAUGGGAGUUUUAUUCAGCUAAGAGUUCUUCAAAUUGGGAAGACGGAUUUGGUGCAUUGGGAGGCUUCAGGCAAUCAGUUUCCUCAGCUUCAACGACUUAGUUUGAAGCACUGUGAACAGCUUGAGGCCAUGCCUUUGGGUCUAGGGGACAUGUCGACACUUCAGGUUGUGGAGUUGUCUUGGAUUUGUCGUUCUGCUGUUGCAUCUGCACGUCUGCUUCAAAAGAAUUUUAAGCUUCUUGUCUUCCCUCCAGAUCAAGAGAAUCAAAGUUGA